UAGCCGACUAGCCGUAGCGUCUCGCUGCGGUGGAGCUGCCGAACUGGGCCCUCCCCGCCUCUGCUUGUUGCGGCAUUCGCCAUUGCUCCCCGUGGCAAGGAGCACGCAAAGCUUUCCCUGCAAGGCACGGAAGAAAUCCUGAAACAACCAAACAACAGAGGGUGUGGGCGGUGGGAAAGCGAGGCGAAAAAGAUGCAGUUGUCUACUCCGAUAUGCUUCCCCUCCACUAAACCUCCGCAACUGCCCGCACUGCCGCUGCUGCCGCGGCCAUCCCCUCGCCUCGCCUCCGCCUCUGGCCCUGGCUCGGCGGCGCUGCGCCUCGGGCUCCCGCCCCCUCCGUCCGUGGUCUCCGCCAUGCGCCGGCGCGGUCGCCGCAGGGCCACGCCCCCUCCGGGCGCUGCAGCCGGCGGCGGCGGGGAGGCCGCUGCCCCCGAUUCCCAGGAAAAGAGGGCUGGUACAGAUAUCAAGACACUAGCUACAAGAUUUUGGAAAGUUGCUGCCCCCUACUGGUGGUCCGAGGAUAAAACCCAAGCAAGGCUGAGGCUUGCUGCGGUGUUUGCACUCACAUUGGGAACCACAGGGAUUAGUGUUGGAUUUAACUUCUUGGGUCGUGACUUCUACAAUGCCCUUGCUGAUAAGGAUCAAGAAAAAUUUACCCAGCAACUGCUCUACUACCUGGGUGCUUUUGCUGGAGGAAUUCCGUUCUUUGUAUUGAGAGAUUAUGCAAAAGAAACCCUUUCAUUGAGAUGGCGAUCUUGGAUGACAAGUUAUUACAUGAAGCGUUAUUUCAAUAACAGAACUUUCUAUAAGAUUCAGUCUCAAUCAAUAAUUGACAAUCCAGACCAAAGGAUAAACGAUGAUCUCAGCGCAUUCACUGGAACAGCGCUUGCAUUUUCUCUCACACUUUUCAAUGCUGCUGUGGACUUGAUAUCAUUUAGCAACAUCCUUUAUGGAAUCUAUCCACCGUUAUUCAUCGUUCUUGUUGUCUACUCUCUUGGGGGCACUGCUAUUAGUGUCUUCCUUGGUAAAAAUUUGGUCAACUUGAACUUCAUGCAAGAGAAGAAAGAAGCUGAUUUUCGGUAUGGACUUGUCCGUGUUAGAGAAAAUGCUGAAUCAAUUGCUUUUUAUGGAGGUGAGGAAAACGAAUUGAAACUGUUGUUGGAUCGAUUCAGAAGGGCUUUUGACAACCUAAGUGAAUUGUUGAUAGCUUCUCGGAAUCUGGAAUUUUUCACCAGUGGUUAUCGGUAUUUAAUUCAGAUCCUUCCAGCUGCAGUUGUAGCUCCAAUGUACUUCUCAGGGAAAAUUGAGUUUGGAGUGAUCAACCAAUCAGUGUCUGCUUUCAAUCAUAUCCUUAGUGAUUUUUCUCUCAUUGUUUUCCAAUUCCAGUCAAUUAGUGCAUUCUCAGCAGUUAUCGAUCGUCUAGGUGAAUUUGAUGAUCUAUUGGAUGGAAAUGAGUCUUCUCUAUCAUCCCAAAAUGAUAGUGUUGAUGAUAUCAACAUUAUUUUCAAGAGCAGGUCUUCUGUUGUUAGUUCUAAUGGAUCACUAACACAAUCUGAUCCAUGCAUGGUUCUAGAGAUCCUCAAUUUGACAUUGAUAACGCCGAGGAGCGGAAAUGUUCUUAUUACUGACCUCAAUUUGGAACUAAAAGACAAGGACCACCUACUGGUGAUGGGUCCUAGUGGAAGUGGGAAAACCUCGCUGUUGCGUGCUCUGGCUGGCCUCUGGACUAGUGGUACUGGGGACAUCAUAUACCAUGUGAGAGGUUCUAUGCAGUUUGAAAAUUCAAAUGUAAGUUCUGAUGAGCCAUCCAAUAUGAAGUUAGAGGGUGAAGAAGUACUACAAAGUUCCAAGCAAAGAAGAGACAAUGGCAUAUUCUUUGUCCCGCAAAGACCAUAUAUGGUUCUGGGCACACUUCGUCAACAAUUACUCUAUCCUACAUGGAGUGAAGAUGUUCAUCAUUCACCAAAUAAUGAUGCUGAAAGUACAGAUCCUCUUCCAUUUCUAUCUGAAGUUUCCACAUCAGAGGGAGUUGGUGCCAAGCCGGAGAUGCCCUCAACUGCUGAACUGGUCAGAGUGCUUGAGGUUGUGAGGCUGGGCUAUAUAUUGCCUCGUUUCAAUGGCUUGGACUCCAUGCAUGAUUGGGCCAGUGUUCUUUCGCUAGGGGAGCAGCAGCGACUUGCAUUUGCUCGGUUGUUACUUGCUAAACCCACUUUGGUCUUACUAGAUGAGUCAACAAGUGCACUAGAUGAAGCAAAUGAGGCUCAUCUAUACAGUCAAAUUGAGGCUGCAGGCAUUACUUACAUAAGCGUCGGUCACCGGAAAACACUUCACAAGUUCCACAACAAGGCCCUGUACAUAUCAAAGUCCGAGUUGACAGAUAGCAAUCUACGCAACUGGGAACUAAAGCCCACAAGCCAGAUUUCAGUUGAAGAGUCAUCUCCAUUCUCUUCCUAGUAUCUCCAGCUUUGUCCCCUGUUUGCCCCUUCCUCAGUUUUCGUCCCACGUUUGGCCCAAAUCAGAAACAUGUCCCACAACAAGCUGAAGUUGGACUGUUUGGGGCGUUACUCUUCGGUUGGAUCGUCAAAAUUGCUGCCAUGCUACGACUGCCGACCCGGGCUGCAGAGCAGGAUAGCAAGUACACUCAGACAUUAGAAAACAUUAUCGAAUGUACAUAAUACGGGUGCGAGUACUUUGUGGUCUUUGUGCGGCCCUUCUUUGAUCUGUAUUUGAGCUUCCUCUUAAUGUAGAAGUGGCAAUGUAGUCGCUGCAUUGGUUUUUAAUCAAUUCCCUUGUUUCAAGCAUGUACUAGGAAUUUCAAUAUUGGAGUGGCAAUGUACUUGGAAGACAUGAAACUAGGACA